CUGGGAGUACUACGUGAACGACGCCCCGCGGGUAGUCCUGAACAAGCUGGAGAGCUGUGGUUACCGGGUGGUGAGCAUGACAGGUGUGGGCCAGACGUUGGUGUGGUGCCUCCACAAGGAACAGUGA